AUGGAUUACAUCAAAGAGCUCGAUAUUCGACUCGACAAGGAGCACUACUACGCCGGUGAAGUGCUCUCGGGGCGAGUCAUAAUGCACACUACGGAAAAUUUCAAGCUCAAGUCCAUCCGGUUACUGCUCAGAGGAAAAGCGCACGUCGAGUGGAAGGUGUUCGUGUCCGGAGACAAAAGAACGGUGAAGGACGAUCAGGUCUACAUCGACGAGCGGGCCGUCAUAUGGGGCGAACGGGCGGGCGAAGGACUGGACGUGACCGUGCCGGUGCUGGUGCGCGGUCAGCAUCAGUUUCCGUUCCGUUUUAACAUCCCCGAAACCAACCUACCCUGCAGCUUUGAGUCACGUGCCUGUUACAUCCGUUAUUUCGUUAAGGCUACGAUUGAUAUUCCGUACGCUUCUCCACCCCAAGGCAUCAAGUACUUCACCAUCAUCGGACCACACAUAGACUGUAUGGAUGAGCAAUAUCUGAAACCGGUAUCGGGACAGGACAAGAAGGUCAAGUGUUGCCUAUGCUGUGCCAAAGGACCCGUUACGCUCAGCUGUUCCCUCGACCGGACGGCAUUCUGCUGCGGUGAAACUCUCAAGCUGAAAUCGAUCAUCGACAAUCAGGGCGAAGAAGCAGUCAAGCUAAAGGUGCGCCUGCUACAGUACUGCGAGUUUUUCGUCGAGCGAGGCGUGCUCGGUGUGACGAAGGAAGUCCAACACCUGGUGCUCGAGUACAAAGGCGAAACGGUGGUACCGAACGAGCGGCAGGACACCUGUGCCAACCUGCGCAUCCCAACCGUACCGACCACCAUGAUGGGCGUCUGCCGGCUGGCACAGAUCUACUACACGCUCGUGGCCUGCCUGGAAUUCGAUAAAUCGGGCGACGACUUGCAAAUUAACUUCCCCGUCACGAUCGGUACGGUACCGUUCCGAAUACCGAACAGCAAUCUUCAACCGCACAUAGGAUACGAUGUUGCUAUCGAUCACGUCGAGGGUGGCACCUACAUCGGGCCAGAGUUCCUGCUGGGCGAAGUGUACGAUGGGUGUAAUGUGAGUGACAACGAGCACCGGGACCUGGCGCCACUCUACCGGCCGGUCUAUCUGACGGUUGUCCGCAGCUCGCAGCAAAUAUCGGCCAAAGCGGUCGAGCGCAACAACCGUCGACAAUCAGCUUCAGCCGUCCUGGGUGGCGGUCCUAUGCCGUCCUCAUCGAUGGAUGGCGGUGGGGCGUCUAGUAGCGGCACGAACGGUGGUGCUGUUGGUAGUAAAGGUACCGUGGAAGGUAGAAAUGAUCUCCAGCGGCACCGGAAGUAG